CUGUAAAUCACGAGACGAAUCUUUUAAUGUUAGUUAGUUCAUGAUUGGAUAAUAUUUAUCACAAACAAACGAAAUUGCUACGGUACCGAAAACUUUUCACUUUUCAGAACUAAACAAGACCCCAUUCGCUCACAAAAGCCCAACGUACCUUCUCUCCCCCGUGCUCUCCCAGUCAUUCUCCAGCCUUGACCUUAGGGCAAGACCAAACACCACGCACGUUGCAGUACCCACAAGGCUCUAGUACACCUCCCAGCUCUCGAUCCAAGAUGGAUCCCACGCUACGGGCAGUGCUGGGCCACGGCGGAGGCGACGGCGGGGCGAGAGGAGGAGGAGGAGGAGGAGGCGCCGAGCGCUUCCGGGGCGUGAGGAAGCGGCCGUGGGGCAGGUACGCGGCCGAGAUCCGCGACCCGUGGAAGAAGACGCGGGUGUGGCUGGGCACGUUCGACACCCCCGCGGAGGCCGCCCUCGCGUACGACCGCGCCGCGCGCACGCUCCGCGGCGCCAAGGCCAAGACCAACUUCCCCGACCACGCCGGCCAUCUGGCGCCGCUUCUGCGACUGCGUCAACCCCCGCCGCAGCCCGUCUCGUUCGGAGGCGUCAACAACGUCGACUGCCCUACUACUCCGUGGCAAUUCGUCUACCUCCAGACCCCGACAACGGCCGCGGCUCCGCUUCCCCCGACGACUGCAGCGAUGCCGCCGCUGGUGACAACCGAGCCACCGUCAACGGCGCUGGAGCUGGGCAGGGGACAGAGGUGUGGCGGCCUCCCCUUCGACCUCAACGAGGCGCCGUCAUGCUGAUGCUCGAUCGGAUUGCCUGUGACGAGGCUGCAGUGCCGGAGUGCCAAAGGUGGUGGUGGUGAGCAGGUGAGGGCUCAGGGCUGCGCUGGCCAAGGGGGGUGAGAGUAGAGUAGUGUGGUGCACUGCAGUGGUCCGGCUAGCUGUACAUACCUGCUAUUUAAGGAAAGCUUAGACCUGUCUUGCUGGGCUGGUUCCUUUGUUUUCGUUUAAAGCGUUGCCAUUUGUGGUGCCCUGGUGGGGAUGCUUGUGUCGUCACCGCAUUCCGCAGGCUGGGUUUAGCGCGGUAAAAGGAAGGCAGGGUAGGCUCGGCUGGGUCCUUGGUGCUGCUGGUGGCCUUCGCCACCGACGGCGCGCCGCAAAGAUGGCUUUCUCGUGCGGUCGUCGUGCAUGCUGCCCUGAGGCCCAGGCAGCAGUUGUUUUACCACCUGCACAUGCAAUCUUUUGCCCUAAUAAUGUGGAUGCACCCAUCUACUGGACAGCGGAGUGUAACGUCGUGCAUUGUGGUUUACGGAUCCAUCCAAAGCUCGGUGAGCUACGUGACA